CAAUCUAGCCCCAGGAACUCAGAUCCUCAUGGCUAACAUGAACGGUCUACAAUUUUGUGUGGACUACACUAGUCAUGGUGAAGAUUACCGGGGACACUCGUCGUUGGAGGAAUUCUUAAAUGGGUACUACAUGAGUCAUUUGGGUGGACAACAUCAUUCGGCUUGUCCAGCACCACAGUGCACAACAAAGACGAGGACUGAACCCUUGGACGAAGAGUUACAGCAGAAAUAUUCGAAAUCUCACAGGAUGUGGAAGCCAGCAGCUCGCACAGAACGGAUGGCGUUGUGUGCUGAACCCAAUUCAAUGGAUGACAAUGGGUUCAAACGCUUUGGUCCUUCUAAGGAGAAGGCUUUCAUCAGUUACCUUCACACCCCUGUCACCUUUGGAGAAUCCCCACUUCCUGCGCUCGUGUACCACACUUCAUGUGAGGCUAAUGAUAGCAUCGUUACAGUCGGGGGUGUUAUUGCACAUCAUCAAGGUUUCCAAACGGGAAUAUUGGACGUUUCAAAGUAUAAAGUACGUGGGGUAAAUAUGCCUCUUCCCAUAAACUCUGUCCUUUUGAACCACCCUGCAGUGCUUCCAAAUACAGAUGUCUUUGUAACGUCAUCUCUAACGAAUCAGGUUGCUAGGGCCAACGUAACUGGUGAUAUUCCUCCUCCGUUACUUUGUAUGAGCUCCAGUAAGAUAACGAAACGUCACAUUUUCUAUUAUGGAGGGUUCGAAUUACUCAACGAGGUGACUUAUAGUGAAGACAGUGGGAAGUUUAUGAUUAGCAAAAGCACGAGAUUGAAUAAUAGUGCCUAUGUACUUGAUACCGUGACUAUGAGGUUCAAGAAAUUUGAACUAAUUGCACAACCAAAUAAGCUCAACAGAUUCCCCCUUACGGUUCCAAGGUUCGGUCAUUCAUCAACCUCAAUAGCUUCUUCAAGGAUUUCUAAUUACGAUCUCAAAAAUGAUACACCUGCUACAAUCUUGAUUAUGGGUGGUUAUCGACAAGUGUCUGGUUUGGAAAAGUUUGAAGCUAUAAAGGACCUAUGGAAAGUCGAAUUGUCGAUUGUAUAUCAAGGCACUCAUGGUUAUAUAGAAUUUGGUGAUGUUGUUUUGGCAACACCAAUUCCUGUCCCGGAAGAAUUCCCGAUUCCUUCAGGAAGAGCUUUCCAUUCAUGUGAGGUAUUCCAGGUUGAGAGCGUCUUUGGUUCUAACCCUCAUGAUACUAAGAGUACAACGGACGCUUCUAAACUGAGCAUGGCAAGAUCUUCCACUCCCUCAAGUGCUGUUUCCGAAAGGCAGCUUAAUUUAAAGCUGAUAGUUCACGGUGGUACAGAUGGAAAGGAAAUUUUCGGUGAUGUUUGGUACUUUGAUGUUGACCAAGAGCUUUGGGAAAGAGUUCCAACUUUUUCUCAUGGUGAUGAACCUGGUGAAGAAGUCCAGCUGAAGAAAGUGGGGCACCGUGGCAUUAUUAUUGACAAUUAUUUUGUCGCACUCCUAGGAGCUAGUCCCAUUGAUUUCCCAAACUUGCCCAAGGCUAACAAUGAUUUUGAAAUACGUGACAUAUCAAAUGCAUGUUUCCAUUCAAAAGAAACGCUUUUUGGAAAACUGUGUCAGCCACAUACCUACGAAAUCUAUUCUCUUCAUAUUCCAUCGAGAAAGUGGAGGCUUUACGAUGUAUAUCAUUCUUACAGGCUUCCUAAGAAUGCUGCAAAUCUUUCAUACUUUGGCAACAUUGGGUACGCUGUUGUUAAUAGUAACUUGAAGACAUUUAUCAUUGGAGGAAAUCUUCUGCCUAAUCCUUUGUCUACACAAGCAGACAUGACACGCCUGGUUCUUCUCCAUAACGCUGUUAGCAUAUUUGAGUUUCCUUUGAAUUUGAGUGAAGGGGAUCCAUUGAAAAUAUAACACUUAUAUUACAAGAUGAUGUUUGUGGAUAAUGGAAAUUCUGUUGAUAUGGAGAGUGAAACUUUAAGUGAUCGACAUUUCCCAGAACAAUGUUAUUAUCCAAUAUGCUAAAGAAAACUUAAUAGAAGUAUGGUCAAAAGUGACGGUUCCGAGUCUACACAUCUCUCUUCGAAUUGCUUGUGUUUUGCAAUGUCAAGUUGGUUAAUGGCAGGUAGGAUAGUGUGAAAUGAAUAGGAAGUUUAUUGUGAUGUACUUUAAUGAA